UAUCUGUUGUGUUCACAUGUGUUUGGGUUUUUUCUUUUGUUAGUCUGUUUUCCUUCCUCGUUUUUAAAGACCAGCUUAUCUGUAUGCCCCAGAAGGGUGUGACUUGCAAAGAUCACAAGCUUUUUAAAUGAGCUAAAGCCCAGCCUGCUGACUACAAGAAAAUAUGCUGAGAUUUUUCAAGCACGAGUGCCACAUCACAUUCACAAAAGGCAGCGAUCACACCGAGAUGCACACCGUGGGGCUCAGCUGGAUCCGCGGUGUUCAUUUCCACCGCUGACAGGCAAGUGCACCGACACCAUCAUCUCAUCACAGAGAGUUAUCGCGUCUGUGUUUCUGUGCUCUCCAUCUCCCCUGCCCUGUGCAGUGAAGGGCAGGAGCAGCAGGACACAGAGGUGUUUCUGGACAUGUGGGAGGCAUGGACACAGUGGACAGACUUCAAGUAUUGUAGUUGAAAAAUGAGGUUUCACCUGAGCUCAGCUGAGAUGAAUCUUUGCAAUGGAUGACAGAGGAGACUCUCUGAUGACUGUGCAUCUUCUUGCCAAUUCGGGACACUCAUUGCUUCUGCAGCAAACUCUGGAUCGGCUUUUGGAGUGGAUCUGCCCGGAUGUUCGCCUUUUCCUGGUGUCUGAGCGAGUUACUCCACUGAAAUACUACGAGAGGUAUCGUAAGAGAAGCUGUGGCUUUCCUGGAAUAUCUGUUCUCCUUUUUCUGCACGAGUCCUUGGGAGAAGAACGGAUUUUCCAGGUCCACGAGCAAUUCCAGCGUCCGCCAUGGUGCUACCAGUGUGCCCAGAUUGCUAAUGGGCAAAGCCACCCCAGUGUCCCAGCUCACCAGGACUUUUACAGCCUGGACGACCAGAUGCCUGUGUGGGGCAUCCGACGGGUGCACUGUGGCCCCGAAAUCCUGCGGGUCACUCUCUACUGCAGUUUUGAUAACUAUGAGGAUGCAGUGAGGCUCUACGAGACGAUCCUACAGAAAGAAGCAACCAUGCAGAAAAGUAACUUCUGUGUCUUCGUGCUGUACGAAACCCAAAAUAUGGCCAUGCAGCUGUGCCUGAAGCAGCUGCCCAUCGGGGUGGCUGCUGAGCUGAAGGAGUCGUCAGCCUUGCAGUUCAAGGUGCAAGAAAUGGGGCAGCUGGUGCCUCUCCUGCCUAAUCCAUGUGUUCCAAUCAGUGACACCAGGUGGCAAACGCAAGACUACGAAGGAAAUAUAAUUCUGCUUCAGGUUCAAGGCAGUUCUAAGGCCCGUGAAAGAAAUAUUGGGCUUCUCCUGCAGGACUCUGUCCCAGCCCCUCUUCUUGUAAAGCAAAGUAAUCCUGGGUGGAGAAGCCAGGUGGUCAGACCCACGAAGGGUAAAACAAAAUGUGACCAAAGCAAAGCUCUUACUCCUGAGCAAGCCAGCAGUGACCUCCACAGGCACUUCUGCUCUUCUCACCGUGCUCCAGCAGCCCGGUCGUGGUGGGAUGUCACCUCCCUCCACAGGCGGGCGAGCAGCAAGCUGCAGGCUUCUUUCCAGGAGAGCCGGGUCCGUCAGCAGGCACUGGAGACCAACGUUGACACCGGGCUCACCGUGGUGAACUCUGCGAGCGGCCGCUGCCCUCUGGACCGCUUCCCCUGGGAGCUGUGGAGCUGCCUCCUCCAGCCGCCAGUGCCCAGGGACGGGGCCAGCAGGACACAGCUGCCCUUCGCUGCAGCCAAAAGCACUGAAGGAGCAGGACAAAGAGCUCCAGGCUUCCCCUUGCAAACACCACAGCCCAGCCCUGCAGGCAGAGCAGAGGAGAACGAGGAGGAGUUCUUUAUAUGACUGGAAAGAAAGUGUGCCAGAUGGACUCAUCAUUUCCAAAAGACACCAAGGUGCUUUUGUGUAUAUUGUACCUCUUUGUGCUGUGGCCACCAACACUUAACUUUCCAUGCAGUGAUGCUAAGGAGGCUGAAGGCAAAGCAGAAAAAAUACCACUAUAUUUCCAGAAAGGUUUAUUUUUUAAAAAAUGCAGAACAGAUUAGAAGUUUCUUACGCAAUGAAUAGCAAUAAGCCAUAUGACUCUUAGAGCUGUUGUAAGGUGUUAAAGUUAACAGCCAGUGACGUGUUCAGAUGGGGUUAGAAGGUGCCCAAGUAGCAGGAUGCCCCAGCCCUGGGGCUCACCCAUCCCUCGCUGGAUGUAUUGACAUAAGGUAGUGGCACAGUCAUGGUGGCAGUGCUGAAUUUACUCUGUUCUUUCUUGUUUCCCCUGUUGUUAGUAUUAUAGAGCUAUCAAUGUUGUCAAUUUAAUGCAAAAUGUGAAACAUAAGAACGUUCUUUCAAAAUAUUUUUGAAGAAAAUAAUUUCUAGAGAGACCUUUUCCCCAAAUUAGCACAGCACAUGCAAAAGCAAACAUUUGCAGAGAAUACUUUGAGCUGUGUUUAUGCUCUAGUAAGACCUGCUGUUGUCUAUUCAUACAACACUUAGCAAAAUAAACCCAGCAACAGUCCAAGCUUUGUUAAACCAGUGUGCAGUUAUCAGCAGGCAAUCCUAACUGGGUUUUAAUUAACGGAAGACAAGAGAAGAUAAGUGUCUUGGAUGAACUGCUGAAUGCUGGAGAGUAAAAAGGAUAUCAGAAAUGAAUUAACGUUUCAGCAACAGCUGCUGAAAGACCUCCCAUCUUGAUCAGCCGUUUUCUUUUCUCAAGUAGGAGUAAUUAAAUCUUGAAGGGAAAGAGAUGGGAAGGGCAUGACAGAAGAAUGAAAUUAUUAAAAGAAAAGCCAAAUUUGACCAUACUUACCUUCCAAGCAGCAGAAACAAAGAAGUAUUCUCUCCUUAAGUAUAUCUGGACUCUGCUUUACACAACAGUAUGAAUUUGUUUGGAGAGUGCCCUCUCUUUGCCUCUUCUCAGCCUGUAACUCAGGUGACAGGCGGUGGGUUGGUGCAGCUCAUGGAGAGGCAGAGGGUGAUGGGCAGCAGCAGAGCCUUUCUGUAGGGGCAGUUCUGCAUUUUUCUGGGUGUUCAGCAGGUGUACAUGUGCCCGCUGAGCACACCCCGUGCUGCAGCCAUGGUACUGGGCAGGUCCGAACCCCGCACUGUGCUGCCAGGGUGUGCAGAGAAUGAGCCCCGACUGGGUGUCAGCUGGGGCUGCGGGAAGGCCCAGCGUUUUGGGAAAGUUUGAAGGCUGGUUCGAAGAGCUGCAGAUGGCAGUAGGAUUGUCCCUGCUCUGUGCCUCCAUGUCCUCUCAGCUGCUGUUGCCCUGUGACACUCACAUACUGUCUGAUUCAGGGACCUAGACCUGCAGGAAGCUGUGCAGGAUGCUUCACUGGACACUUGCAAACCCUGAUGCCACAUUUUCAUAAGCUCUGUAAAACUGUUGAUUUUUUAAUAAAAUAUACUGCAAUAUUUUA